AUGUCCCGGUCGGUCGGUCAGUCUCCGGCCCACUGUGCUGCGUCCCGCUGCGUCCCGCUCUAUACCCCGUCCGUGUGGUCCGUGUGCGCAGGCGCUGCCCAGGGCGCGGCCCGCGCGCUGCGCCGGCCGUCCUUCGCGCCGCCCAACGCCCUGGAGCCCCUCAUCGUGGUGGAGGAGUCCCUGGACGGCGACGAGGACGACGAGGUGGCCGGGGCGACGGGCGGCGGUGACUCGUCGUCGCGGGGCCUGGGGGGCCAGGACCGCGACGAGGCGUCGCCGUCGCCGCCCGCCGAGGCCGACGUCAACCCCUACCUGCUGAGCCCAUGGAGGGACACCCGCAAGUCGUCCCUGCCGACGCCGGCCUGCGCGUCCGGCAUCACCGCCAGCCAGGUGCGACGCCUGUCGGAGCGCGGCCCCGAGUCCGGGCCGUCGCCGCGCGAGCAGGAGUUCCUGGCCACGCUGUCCGCCAUGCCGGGGCCCACGCCGGGCGGCCGCCGCCACUCCGUCGUCAUCUCCCGGGUGCCGCCGCCGUCGCUCAUCAUGUUCGGCCGCGGCCGGCGCGAGUCCAUCGCCGCCUUCUCGGCCGCGGCCUCGCGGCCCGCCGCCCUCGCCUCCUCCACGCACAACCUCCAGCUGGACCUCAUGGACGACCUGCUGGAGUUCAAGGCCGCCAAGAAGCAGGGCGGGCCGCGCCGCGCCUCGGAGCUGCCGGGGCUGCCCUCGCAGGCCUCGCCGCUCAUCGUCAACCGCCGCAAGUCCGAGCUCCCGCCCAGGAUCCCGAGGGAGUUCGCCGCCGAGGUGGCGGAGCUGGCGGCCGAGGCCGAGGCGGAGGCCAAGCGCCGCGACGAGGGCAUCGUGUGCUCCAACUCGGACUUGCUGAACCUGUGCGGGGUGGACGCCCCCGCCGCGCCGCCGCCGCCGCCCGUGGUGGUGUCCGCCACGCCGUCGCCGCUGGCCGCGCGCCUCAUCACGCUCCGCAACGACAGCGUCGAGAUCAAGGAGGUGAAGGAGCCCAAGGAGCCCGCACGCAGCACCGUGCUCGUCAGCAUGCGCGGCGACCGGCCGCAGUCCUCGCUCGCCGCCGCGCCGCCCCCGCCGCCCAAGGUCGUGGUCGCUCCGACUGCGGCCGCCCCCAAGGCCGCCCCCAAGGCCGUGGUCAUGGCGGGCAAGGACGUCCCCCGGCCCGCCCCCGAGGGCGUCGACAGCAAGGCGUCCACGAGCGGUCUGGAGCGCCGCGACUCCGACAAGGUGAUGUGGGACGAGCGGUCCGGGUCCCUGGUCGACGCCGGCGUGCUGGGCUCCGCCAUCGAGGGCUUCCUGAACAAGGACGCGUCCGUCAAGAACAAGAAGGGCACCACCAACAGCGUCCACCGCGCCACGGCGCAGCUGUCGGCCUGGGUCACGGCGGUGGCCAUCUGGAACCCCCGGGGCUCCCAGACCGCGACGCCCCAAACGGGGACGCCGCAAGCGGGGACACCGCAAGCUGGCACGCCCCGCGGCCCCACGCCCCAGGCCACGCCGCAAGACACGCCCGAGUCCACGCCGCGGCGACGCCCCAAGGUGUCCUGCGACGCCGUCUGCAGCACCCUCAAGAGCCUCUUCGUCAAGUAGGCUGCGUCAUACCCUGCAAAAAAGUAAUAAGUUGAAAAAAAAAGUGGAGCGAGCGCAAUAUUAUACCUAUUUUCGUAAUAACAAAUUAAUUUUUUAAAAUGUCGUCACAGUGAAGGCCACGGCCGCGGCUCAGGCCCCUCAUCUUCCCGGCACAAGGGCGGUUGUGAGCAAUGUAGGUGAUUCGCUAUUCGGUGUCCGCCGUGUCCGCCGUGGGCUAGUGGCGGCGCCACCAUCGCCUCUCGACGAGUCGUAGACAGUGUCGCGGACAGGGUCUGCCAGGCAGUCUGCCAGGCAGUCUGCCAGGCACCCCAACUAGGCUUGAAGUAGGCUGAACAAUUCCAAGGGGUCCGACGUCGCGAAAUGCCCGGAUGAGUGGAAUUUCUCUUCGCGAUACGUAAAUGAGCUCAGAUACCGGAUAUGAAAUAGGCAACUCCCAGAAACUUACCGCGUGAGGGCAACUGCUUCGUGCCUACUUCCGGUGCUUCCGGCACUUCCGGCUCUUCCGGUACUUCCAGUUUCUCCUCUUCGCUGCCGCGGGUCGUUUCCCGCUCGGUCUAUAAAUACAAAACGAACGCGUGUACAUAGUGUACCUUUACUUGUUGGGCCUACUUCGGGGGAAGAUGCAGCGUUUUCGCACGGCGACGUGCGAGCAAACCUUUUUUCGCUUUUCGUGUGGACCAUGACUACGGGGCCGCCGAGGGCCGUUUUUCAGACACUGCCUUGCGGAUCGCCCACUUAUUACGUAACUUUUUUUCUGUUUAUGCCCUUGUUGCUCCUUAUGGACUCCUCAUGAGUGUGAGAGAGACAAGUUACGUAAUACGUGGACAAGCCCUUGUGUGAGUCCAGGACGGGCGCCUGGGGUGCCGGGCGGCCCCGAAGAGACCAAAGUGAAAGAUUGGAGGUGCGGCAAGUUGAUGAAAAACUAGAAUUAUUUCGUUCAAAACUUUGUCUUACGAUUCCUUCGUGUAUAUAAGAUACAAAAAUAAAAUAUGGCCGAGCUAUAAAACAUGUAGCAGGGGUUACACUUGUAGCAAAAGGCAUGUUUAGAAGACGAGCACUACCCAUCGUUUGAGUGUUAUUUAGAUGUUUAAGCUACUUCCCAAAAAAAAAACCUUCCCCCUAUUAUAUUCGUGUACAUCAGGCAGUGGCAUUGAACCAUAUCUGACGAGGAGGCAAAGAAGUUUUCGAAGUCCUUCCUUCGUUCCUCUCCGACCAUCGGCAGCCAGCCCCUGCUUGAGCAUGUUAAAUUUCUAGUUUGUUGUGUGUUGCAAAUUUAUGUAGUCUCGUAGGAGUGCUCCUCGACAAAGUACAGAUAUUUUACGAUUUUUUUCCCCUUUAUAUCUUUGGCGGCUGGUCCCCUCUGAAACCAGAAAUAAAUGUACUAUUUUAUAGUUUUUAAUAUAUUUUUCUCCAAAUAGAUGUAUCCUAUCGCUGAAAAGGUAAAUGGAAGGUGAGCCAGGCGGAGAGUUCGGCUGAUGAUACCCUGGUCCCAGGAAGCGAGGCGACAACCCCUUAGUUCUGGCUCUGCCGGUGUUCAAUGCUUCCCAUGCGACACCAGAUGUCACCUCUCGAGUGUAUUUCAGGUGUGCCUUGCUAAGAGCAAGACAUGCAAAAGUAAACGGGAGAGAAGAAAACGCUCUGGGCGGGGUUUGAACCCACAAUCAUGAGGACUAGCGGCGAAGACAUUUGUCUGCCCCUAAUGUAAAUUUUACAUUAAAUUUUUAGUGUUUUUCAUUAAAUUUUAAUCUCUUUGUGGUCCAUGUAAUUUUGUAGGUAAGGGUACUGACUGAAAAAAAAAAUGAUUGUGAAGAAGUGGGUGACCGUGGGUUGGACUGGGAACGUUUUCACAUUUCUGCAAAGAACAUGAAACGAAAGGCAGGUAGUUUUCUGUCGAUUUAACCACGAGCGUACCUGAAGCCCCCUGAGUAUGGCGUAGAUUCUUACCUCUUUUUGUCUACCGUUCCGUCAUAGGCAACCAUUUGUCUCACAUCCUGGCGAUCAUUUUUAGCUUAUGUAACCAAAACUUUGACAAUACGUCUCAAUUAUUUCGAGAGGAAUUGCUUUUAAUUUCUCGUUUCGCCGCGGCAACGCCCCACAGAAAGAAAGCCGGGGAGUUGGUGGUCGUUCCCUCUGCCUCCACCUGGCCAACAACAACAAGGCGUCAAUGGGCGUGGGGCGCACUCGCGGGUCCACCAGGAACCACCCCGAUCACCUCCUUCUUUCUCUCUCACGCGCGACGCUUAUUCGAAGGCUGACUUACCGAUCGAAUUGGGAAAGUAAUAGGCGACUGAAGCUAACUGUUAGGUUGGCAACGACUUCGUUCGUGGUCCCCGGCCGUUGCAAGUUGGCGGCCCUGGCUCUUGGAGUUUGCUCUGCAGCGCUCUGCAGGGAUCCGGGGGGAGGUUCGUUAGCAAUGCGUUUUAUCGUUUUAUCGCGUAGCUCGGAGGGCGACGCUUUCGACCUUUUUCGACCAAUGGGGCGAGGCCUCGGGGAAACCUGGGGACUCCAAGCGAAGCGAGCAACGCCGCUGCGGUACAGUGCAAACCAAAAUGUGUAGCGUGUUUCGUUGUGUUAUUUUUCUUUGUGUGUGUGUCGUGUUGUAGAAGCGGACUGUUAUUGAUGUUAUGAAUGUGAAAAAAAAGUCAUGUAGAUUCUCAGUACGUAGCAGAAUAACAUAGGAUGGAAACAAAAUGUUUGAAAAAUAAAAGAAGUGAAAUAAACCGCAAAGUUCUUUCCUCCGAAAGAAAAUUGCAUUUCCGUUGGUGUUGUACGUGGCUGGGUCUGUAGAUACUGAUACUCCACCAAGGGAUGGCCGCGGGUCGGUAGGGGGUAUCCUGUGAAAAAGGUUGUCUUGUCGUACUGUACUUUGAGUAGCAGGCCUAGACUUUAAACUGGUUGUUCCUGAACCAAAUCAAACUCCCUCUAACUGUAAUUGUGCUCUCUCGAAUUUUAAUAGUUAAAUAAAGAAACGAAUAAUGGA